AUGAAGAAGGACAUAUUUGAUUGUUAUGCGACAUUAUUGAUUUUUUCGUUGAACGAUUCAGGCGUUAUGGGAUCUGUUGAAAUUUACAGCAGAAGGACGCAAACCAGCGAUGGGAUGAGAUUCAUUUGUCCGAAUAACAAUUGCGGUAGCACUUUCAUUUGGAUGAAGAAUCUCCUAAUUCAUUUGAAAUAUGAGUGCGGCAUGCAGCCGCGUUUCGAGUAUCUUUAUUGCGGUUACCGCAGCAAGUACAAGGGCGAUAUAAAAAGUAACAAAGGAUCCGGAUACUGGAGAAGCUACCCCGGUAGCUACCCCUUGAGAGUGAAACGACUCAUAUGGCCCAAUAAGUUCCCGUGUCCGAAUCCAAAUUGCUUGAGUGUCUUCGCGUGGAAGAGGAAUCUGAUGAGCCACCUGCGCUACCAGUGCGGUCAGCAGCCCAGGCGCUCUAAUUUGACUGCGAGUACACCGCAGCAUGGUUUAUUUCGUCCACGUCGUUUCAUUCUUUUGUGUCGUUUUAUUCGUUUAUGCGUUUUUUUCUUUCUAGGUCCCGAUCUGCACUUUUCUAUUGGGAGCAAGAGAUUUCCAUGUCCGAACUGUCCCAGCUCGUUUGGUCAAAAGCCCAGUCUGACGAGGCACCUCAAGUACGAGUGCGGACAGGAGCCACGUUUUCAAUGCCCGUAUUGCGAGCACCGCAGUAAAAAGACCUCGGACGUUUACACGCACGUGAGAAGGAAGCACAUAAACCAGAGAGUCUACGCGAUCGACAUUCACGGCGAGCACACCAACAACUCGAAGACGCAGUGGUUUUGAGAAAGAGACGACGCGGACUCAAUCACUCACGUUCUUUCUCUAUACGUUUCUUUUUUAAUUCACAAAAAUUCGCUAUGGUUCUCGUUUCUCAUCGUGUGAGAGACAGCUGCGCUUUACGCAAACAGGAAAAAGCUUCAUGGGAGUGAUUGAUGCUUCAAUUAUUUGUUUAUUAUUAUAUAAUCCACAAUUAUUAAUAUUUUUUUAUGAGUUCGAAAUGGCUGAUAAAAUAAUGUAAUCGGUCUGAUUAUCGUUUCUGCGGACAGUCGGAGAGUGAACGACUCGAAGAAAAGUUCAUUGCCUGGCCGAAUUGGAAUUUCGAAUAACGCGUGAUUUCACAACUGCGUGAUAUCCGGAGUGUCCGUUUAACAGUUACGUAACUUACAUGAUAAAUAUAUGUUGAACAAAACGUAUAUUGACGUGCGCGUGGCUCUUUCGCGUUUCGUAUACCUUCCGUCGUACGAUUUAAAUUAAUCAGGACUGAACUGAGCGAGACGACGCACGUCGAGCGGUUCCGGCGAAACUUACCUCAUCCCCUCAGUAUUGUUCAGUACAUGAUAAGACUGCACGUGUCCAGUGUGAUGUACAUAUGUCUAUUUAUAAAUUAUUAUUGCACACAUGAACAUUUUA